AUGCCUAUCACAGGCGUCUACUUCAUCCCCUCCAACCCCAACGCCUCAACGGCCCUCUCACUGGUGACAGAGCGCCUACGUGCCGCCUUCACAGAUGAAGAACUCACCCCAAUCGGCCGCUGGGGUCUAGAGCAAAAGCUCCUACGGGAUACCCCAGGCCUACUUCCCGCCUCAUCAAAUUCCAACAAGAAACCUCCCAAUCCACGCUAUAUGCAAUUCCUCUCAUUAACCCACUACCCAGCCCACGGCUUCAUUUACACCUCGGAGCCAGCAGAGAAAGCCGCACCGGUAAAUCAAGCAGGUCCCGUAAAUGGCAUUGCUCCAGAUCACUCCACGUCUCUGCCAAUGGUGAUGACAACCAUCCCCCCUGCAUCCUAUGGCACCCUCUUCCAGCACUUCACCUACGCUUGCCAGCCUUUCUGGAGCCACCGGCUCACUCUCGCCGUGCCAAAUGGUGUAGUCUACGACGUCGGCGACUUCCGCGUCCGUCUUGGCGAGGUGCGUCAGACGUUCCCGACGGCACGCGUACGCGGCACGGUUAUUGAGAUCGAGUGGCGGGGUCCGUCAGUUGUGGAGGCGAUUCCGGUGGAUCGGGAGGAUGGGUCAUUUGGGCCCGGUGCUCGAGGCGUUGAUGCUGAUGCUGACUCUGGCAUUGACCUCUCAGCUUCUGCAAUCGAUGAGUCGGAUAUCGAUGCUGAGUAUUCAGCGACCGCGUCGCUGAUUCGUGAGUUUUGGGCUAGGUUGGGUGUUGAGGCCCGGGAGGCGAUUCUUAUUCCUGGUGUUGGGACGGAGGUCAAAGAUCGGUUGAGACGAUGGAAACAGGCUGGGUCUGGGAUUGAUUCUAGAGCCGAUGAGAUUGACUCUGCGGUUGGUGAACGUGCGGAAGAAGAUCCGAAUCCGUGGUCUGGAGCGGAUGUUGCGAGGCAGUUUAUGGAGGUUUUGAGAUUUAAUCGGUAG